GCUCAAAUUGAAACAAAGAAAUGGGUGCUUUUUCAUGCUUUUUUACUUCAUUUCUCCUCUCUAUUUCUCUCAACUUUCAUUCCGGUAUGUGCCGGCAGGCCGGGGACGGGGGCGGUGAUGUGGUGACAAGGACGGGGAGGGAAGCAACUGAAGUGAUUAUCGGUGGAGGAGGCACUUCCCUUGCCCUAUCUCCACAGCCACUGCCUCGGCCGCCACGGUUACAGCCACAGCAUCCUCUGCAGACAACGCCAAAAUUUGAAAACCCACUACUCCAAAGAGAUUAUUACACAGUACAGAGAUUUGCAAAACGAAUCCAAAAGGACCCACACGGCUUCAAGAAAACAUGGGUGGGCGCAGAUAUCUGCAAAUACAUGGGCUUUACGUGUGAAAGACUUCCAGACAAGAGGAGACUGAAUGCCCUCGCCGCAGUCGAUUUUAAUGGCGCUAACUUUGAAGGAGAAGACCUCCGUCUCGAUGACUUCCUGGAGAAAUUAAACGAAUUAGCCAUUUUUCACGCAAAUUCAAACAAAUUCAAAGGGACUAUACCGCUAAAUGUAUCAAAACUCCAGUAUCUGUACGAGCUUGAUGUCAGCAACAACAUGCUUAGCGGCAAUUUUCCGAUGGAAGUGACCAAAGCCGAGAACCUAACCUUCUUGGAUUUGAGGUUCAACAACUUUAAAGGGGUGAUUCCGAGGAAGGCAUUCAAUCUAGACGUUGACGUUCUCUUCAUCAACAACAACGGUUUCACCCAGAGGCUUCCCAGGAACAUCGGAAACACAACGGCGCUGUUCCUCACCUUUGCUAACAACAACUUCACAGGUACGAUUCCAAGCAGCAUUGGCAGCGCCAAGAACCUCCUAGAAGUACUUUUCUUGAACAACAACCUCUCAGGGUGCUUGCCGCAUCAAAUCGGCUUCCUGAACAAGGCCACUGUCUUCGAUGUUAGCAUCAACAAUUUAACAGGUCCGAUUCCUCGGUCCUUCGGAUGCUUGAUAAAGAUGGAGCUCCUGAACCUGGCCUCCAAUAAAUUGUACGGCAGGGUUCCGGAGAUUGUCUGCAGGCUCCCUAACAUUGCAAAACUGUCUCUCGCAGAUAACUAUUUCACUCAGGUCGGACCUGAAUGUAGGAAAUUAAUAAAGCAGAAGAAGCUUGAUGUUCGGAGGAACUGCAUUUCAGAUGUUCCGGAUCAAAGAUCAGGAGCAGAAUGUGCUGAAUACUUCUCUAAACUGAGGCACUGUUCCAACGAGAGGUUGAUGCGACUGAUUCCCUGUAAGAAAGCUUUCAGUUGAAACACGAUGGGGACGAAUUCAGGGGAGAAGAAAAGUAUUCGUCCUGCAUCAGCAACAUUUGGUACUCUUUUUUUGAUGCGUAGCAGCAUAUGGUACUCUUGUACCUCACGGACCGUGGUAUACUUAAAGUAAUUUGCAUCUUCUGGAGUUUGAGUCAUCUGAUGGGUCUUGGAUAAUAAUGUCCAAGUGUGUAAUUAAGUUUGAGAUGUGUA